AUGUUUGCGCUGGAUAGUUUUGAACUGUAUAGGAACAACUUAUCCGGUCUUUACACCGACUACAAAUAUCGGUAUGCAUUACCAUUCGAAAAAAUGGUUGAUCCGAUUGAGAAAACGAUAUCCUUCCAAAAAAAUUGGAUCCAAACGGUCGCAGUUUCGAUAGGUUACUUCUUUAUCAUUAAGCUGAUCCAGUACUCCAUGAACUAUCGAUCUGCUUUCAAACUACGCUGGCCUUUAUUCAUUUGGAAUCUUUCACUCGCUCUCUUUAACAUUUUUGGCUUCAUUCGUUUUGGCGAAGAUAUGAUCCAUACGCUACUGUACGAGGGUGUCUAUCGAUCCUUGUGCUACUCGGUAAAUCCCACUGAUGUCGCUGCUUACUGGUCGUAUUUAUUUUUCUUGUCAAAAAUCGUGGAGCUUGGAGAUACACUAUUUAUCGUCCUAAGAAAGAAACCUCUCAUUUUUUUGCAUUAUUACCAUCACACUUCAGUACUUAUUUAUUCUGCCCAUUCGGGCGCUGAAAAUACGGGCUCCGGAAAAGCGCUUAUUCUGAUGAAUUUUCUGGCACAUUCUGCCAUGUACACAUAUUUCGCAGUUGCAUCUUAUGGAAAACGACCGCCUAAAACAAUAUCCAUGACACUGACUACGAUCCAGACAGUUCAGAUGUUUGUGGGAAUCGGCGUCCUAGCCUACGUUUAUAAAAUCAAAACUGGGACCAAUUUGCCGUGCCAACAAUCAAUGCAGAAUCUUCUCUUUGGUGCUUUGCUCUAUGUCACUUUCGCGGUACUUUUUAUCCACUACUUUAUUUCCAAAUACCUCCGUAAAUCUGAUAAAAAGGUAAAGGACCAGUAAUCUUCAGCUUCUUUUCAAACAUUACACCUUUUUGUAUUUUGAAACGAAUUCGGUAGAGUCCCUGCAUCCCAUUAAAAUGUUUAAAUAAAAAUGC